UUGAAUAUCCUUAUUUUAUUCUUCUCCUGCUACGUUUAUGGUGGUUACAACGGUUACGGUGGGUAUAAUAGCGGUGGUUAUGGGUAUAACAGUCCAGUGGGGCUCCAACACGGUAAGGCUGUAGCAGUUCAGACACGUCACCAUUUCCCAGGUGGCUACGGUGAGGGUGCUUACCACGGUUCCGACCGAAAUGUACACAUAGCGCUCCCUGAUGGUGGCAAGGCCUAUUCUUACUCAGGAGGCUACAGUAUGGGUUACGGAGCCAGGUACGGCCACGGUGCUCCAAGUCAUCUCGGGGGAGGCGUAGGUCACGCGGUUGGACACAACAAAGGUUUCAGCACCUCCUAUGGGUACGGAAAUCCAGCGGUGAUGAAACACGCUUUAGCUGGUCUUCAGCAAGAUAUCCAGGGUCUGGUUCACAGCACACUUGGUAAUAUCCAUCAAGGUGGAUUAUUCGGUGGCGCCCCAGGCUUGCCGUUCUAA